GCGUGAGUGGACUCGAAAGGUUAACUGCACAGAGGCUGCCAGACCUGGUGAGUUUCUUGUUUGUUUCAGAUGUCCACAGCUACUUGUUUUAUCUAAGUUGCGUGGGCUCCUGUUUUCAGAUCCUGCGCUUUUGUUUUAUUCUGUGCUUUUCUGGAAUAUCAACAAACAUUGCUGAAUUUAAAAGCAGCGCUGCAACAGGACUGAGGAAAUGUUUAAUUUGUGAGAAACUGCGUGCCCCCAUCCCAGAGUUCUCCACUCUCUGAAAGGGCAUGGCAGGUCGAGACAGAGUUACCCACUUGUUGAAGCAGCUGCAACUGGCGUCAUGUCGGUGCCCUGCUCACUCUCACGGUUACUCACAAGCACCAGAACAUGUUGCAACCAGGACAACAGAUUACGCAUUUGAGAUGGCCUGUUCCAACAUUCGAUAUGGAGAAGGGGUGACAAAUGAAGUUGGGAUGGAUCUACAGAACAUGAAGGCCAGGAAUGUUUGUGUCAUGACUGACAAGAAUGUAGCCAAACUCCCUCCUGUUAAAGCAGUCCUGGAUUCAUUGGUUAAGAAUGGAGUAAAUUUUAAAGUAUUUGACAAGGUCAGAGUGGAACCGACAGAUGGAAGCUUCAAGGAAGCAAUAACAUUUGCUCGUCAAGAACAAUUUGAUGCGUUUGUCGCUGUCGGAGGUGGAUCGGUGAUGGACACAUGCAAAGUGGCCAACCUUUACGCCUGCAGUCCCGAUGCUGAGUUCUUGGACUAUGUCAAUGCACCAAUUGGAAAAGGCAAACCAGUUGUUGUUAGUCUCUGCCCUUUGAUAGCAGUUCCUACGACAGCUGGCACAGGAAGUGAGACCACGGGUGUGGCAAUAUUUGACUAUGAAGCUAUGAAAGUUAAAACAGGUAUUGCCAGCAGGGCUCUGAAACCAGUGCUUGGAAUUGUGGACCCUUCGCACACACUGCACAUGCCUGAGCGAGUGGCUGCUUACAGUGGAUUUGAUGUACUUUGCCACGCUCUGGAGUCCUACACCGCACUCCCCUACAACCAACGGUCACCCUGCCCAUCUAACCCAAUCAAUCGUCCAGCUUAUCAAGGGAGUAACCCCAUCAGUGAUGUCUGGUCCAAGCAUGCCUUAAACAUCGUGGCAAAAUAUCUGAAACGGUAACACGAAACCGAUCUC